CGAUGACCUGAAACAUAUCUUUCCAUCUUCUCCUUUCCCACAGCCGUUGGCCUGGAAAGAAAAAAGAAAAAAAAAACAAGAUGGCGCCAGGCAAGGCAACUAGCUAGCGUGCCCAUCGGUCGGCGCCGGCGGGUAGCCUGCCUAACAAUGGCGGGCGUCCUGCUCAUCAUCGUCCUUACCUUCCUCCUCGUGCUGCCGUCAGCAACGGCAAUAGGGCAGGUCUGCGGCAACGCCGGCAACUACACGGCCAACGGCACCUACCAGUCCAACCUUGCCUCCCUCGUCGCCGCCCUCUCAACCAACAUCUCUUCCUCCUCUCAAGCUCAACUCUUCGCCAACGCCACCGCCGGCAAAGCCCCCGACGUUGUCUACGCGCUCGCGCUCUGCCGCGGCGACAUCACCAGCAGCAACCUCACCGGGUGCGCCGCCUGCGUCAACAACUCGUUUGCGUACGCGCACAAGAUGUGCCCCUACGCCAAGGCCGCCAGCGUUUACGACGACGACUGCCUCGUCGGCUUCUCGAGCAGCAACAUCCUCGUCCCAGCCAACAACAUCACCCGAGACAUGAGCACGCUGUUCCAGUACUGGAACCCGACGAGCAUCACCGGCGACGCCACCGUGGUCGCCGCCGACGUCAACGAUCUGCUCACGCAGACCGCUCAGGUGGCGGCCGCCAGUCCGAGGAGGUUCGCCACCGCCUUCAUGGACGCCUCUAGCAGCUCCAUCCCCACGCUCUACUCCUUAGCUCAGUGCACGCCCGACCUGUCCGCCGGCGACUGCCUCGCUUGCCUCCAGCGGAUCGUCGGCGUGAUCAACGCCACAACGUCCGUGCGCCUGGGCGGACGGGUCCUCGUGCUGCGGUGUAACUUCAGGUUCGAGAAUAUGAUGUUCUACGAAGGCGCAGCCACGACGCGCAUCACGCCGUCGUCGUCGUCGUCAGGCCCUCCGGCGUCACCAUUUCCGGCUCCGACAACAAAUAAGAGGAUGAAGCCCUGGGUAAUUGCCGUGUCUGCAGCACCUCCUCUAGCGGUAGUAGCACUCUGCUUCAUCUUUUACUGUCGUUGGCGAAGCAGAAGGUACAUAAAAGGCAGACCAAGAUUACGACGAAAGCCAUGGGAUAACAAAUUGCGAGGAGGAGAUGAACCAGAUUGGGAAAUGGAAGCGGACCUCUCCGAGUUUUCGGUUUUUGACUUUCAUCAGAUAUUAGAGGCCACAGGUAACUUUUCUGAAGAAAAUAAACUUGGGGAAGGUGGGUUUGGCCCCGUCUAUAAGGGUCAGUUUCCUGAGGGAGUAGAGGUAGCAGUUAAAAGACUUGCUUCACAUUCAGGACAAGGUUUUAUAGAGUUCAAAAAUGAAGUACAACUCAUAGCAAAACUCCAACACACAAAUUUGGUUAGGCUCUUGGGAUGUUGCUUACAGGAAGAAGAGAAAAUUUUGGUCUAUGAAUACUUACCAAACAAAAGCUUGGAUUUCUUUAUCUUUGAUGAAGAUAGAAAAUUAUUACUGGAUUGGAACAAACGUCUAGCAAUAAUUGAAGGAACAGCAGAAGGACUUCUGUACCUACAUAAGCACUCCCGAUUGCGUGUCAUACAUCGAGAUCUUAAACCAAGCAACAUUCUCUUGGACAGUGAAAUGAAUCCUAAAAUUUCAGAUUUCGGGCUAGCAAAAAUAUUUAGCUCAAAUAACAAUGAAGGAAGCACUACAAGGAGAGUGGUUGGUACAUAUGGCUAUAUGGCUCCAGAGUAUGCCUCCGAGGGCCUCUUCUCUAUCAAAUCCGAUGUGUUCAGCUUUGGUGUUCUCAUUCUUGAGAUCAUUAGCGGAAAAAGGAAUUCUGGUAUCCAUGAUUGUGGAGAUUUCAUCAAUAUCCUUGGAUAUACAUGGCAGCUGUAUGAAGAGGGAAGAUGGAAGGAACUUGUUGAUACUUCAUUGUUAUCCAUGCAUCAUUCAGAUGAAAUGAUAAUGAGGUGCAUGAACAUUGGAUUGCUUUGUGUACAAGAGAAUGCAGUUGAUCGGCCAACCAUGCUAGAUGUUGUUGUAAUGCUAAGUAGCAAGACUCAGAUCCUGGCUAAGCCGAACCACCCAGCAUAUUUCAAUGUACGGGUAGGAAACGAAGAGGCAUCCACUACUGCUACUACUGUGUCAUGCAGUGUGUCAAUGAGAUGACUAUAUCUGUCACAAGUGGUUGAUAGUUUUUGUUUGUGAUGUAUGGUUAUUCUUGAGCCAAUAUGUAUAGAAUUAUUCCCUCUGUUAACACAUGUAAGCAUUUUUAGCAUUUAAAAUUUAUCCAUAAAGAAACCAUCAUUCAUA